CUGCCCGGGGGGACUGGCCCCCGUAUAAGAAGCCCUGAGUGCCUCUUCUCUCUCAUAGCAAGCGUAGAGACAGACUCAUCUCCCUGAGACUACAGGGCUGCGCCACACUCACGCACCACCACAGAAGCUGAUUGACAGAGGCAACCUUCCCGGAGGUGUUUGUUAAGUCGCCUACCUGCACACGAGACGGUCACUCCUCAACAUGAAUUUGGAGGCCCCCAAAGCAGAAAUAAAGUCUGCCACGAGGGUGUCCGGGGGCCCGGCCACGCCACGCAAGGGGCCCCCCAAGUUCAAGCAGAGGCAGACUCGGCAAUUCAAGAGCAAGCCUCCGAAGAAGGGAAUCCAGGGCUUCGGAGAUGACAUCCCCGGCAUGGAGGGAUUGGGCACAGAUAUCACGGUCAUCUGCCCCUGGGAGGCCUUUAACCACCUGGAGCUGAAUGAGCUGGCCAAGUAUGGAAUCAUCUGAGACUCAUUUUACCCCCACUUUCCCUUUUGGAUUCAAGGCUGCUUCCAUGCACUUCCAACCAAUUGCCUAAGCCAACCCCAUUUCCAUAUAAUGGAAUGAUAAAAGAAAACCCAAAUUAUGAACUGCAACAACCACAAAAAAAAAGAAGAAAAGAAAGAAAAGAAGAAAAAAGUCUGUCUCUUUCCGGUUCCGAUCUUUUGAUUCUGAAGCUAGGGUUAACGGUCAUGCUCAUGUAGAAUAUGUUCCUUUCAUUCACUGUGUUUAAGUCAACGCUAUAUUGCUGUGAUUGUACAACCAUGUGCACCUUUUCUUUAACUCCGUUCCAUACUCUACUUUUCCUCUUCUCUGUGUUUUCAAAGUAACUGCUCCCGGACACAUAAUGUGAAACUCACACAACCAAGGUAGCCUCACUUUGAGUAAAACUAACGAACCCAGCUGGGUUCCCGUUUCCUGAGGUUCGUACCAUCCAUGCCGACAACAUCUCUAAUAUAGAAGCUUUUCUAGAGAUUGGAAGCACUGUUGACUGUCAAAGAGUGCAAUCUGUUCAUUAACCCAUGCUCAUUGCAUUUGUUGUCUUUUACUCUUCAUGUAAACCCUGCAUCUCCUGUUUCAAGCCUCCAUUCACACCAGGGGUCCUUUCCAUAAUGUCCCCAUUAUUUUUCUAUUUUACAAAUUUCCAGUGAUUUGAAAGUUAUUCAGUUUCUCAUGUAAACAUGUGUGGAAAUGUAUAUUUAUGUUUGUCUAUUUUCUAUCUCAUCCAUCCACAUUUUGCUAUGUAUAUCCAUGACAGUGUUGUGUGAUAUUUGUAGCUAUUUCUCAGCUAUGAUCUCAUGCUCUGACAUACCAAGCCCACAUGUUAUUGGUUUACCCUUGGGGGGUAAAACAGGUUUUCUAUUCACCUAGAAAAUCUAAAUGAUCUCAAUAUUCAUUGCAAUCAUUGAGAACUACAUACCACUCUGUACAAUUUGAAAUUCAACUUUGUGCCCAAAAUGCUUCCUCCAUAUUGGUCAACCAUGAAUACGAUGGAUGGAACUAUAUUAUUCAAUUUAAAUGUCAAAUUGUUUUUGAUUCAAUAUUUGAUCCUUUACUAACUUGUGUAUUCUUUUGAUAUGAACAUGCAUGCGUUCCUCUUGUGAAUGGAUUGCAGCAGUGAAGUAGAGAGCAAGAUGAUGGUUUUAAUCCAAGUUUAAUUAAUGUGAUAUUGAGCUCUUUUCUCUGCAGGACGAACAAAUAAAGCUUUAAAAAUAAAA